AUGAGCAGCAAGGAUUACUUUUCCCACGACGCAGGCUCUUCCGCCGGAGAGGGUUCCUCACGGUCGACCGAACGACACUCACCCAUCCCCGACGAUGAACGGCCACCGAGCCAGGUCCCCGGAUAUAUGAUAGUUGGAUCGGGCCCUGCCUCCGGGAACGCGACUUCGUUGAUGUCGACCUUGCACGAGGAUUCGGGAUACGGUGGAAGCAUUAUUGAUGGUAACUCGGAUAUCGGCUCUGAGUCCUGGCAGGCCGGGUUGAUGGAGGACCGCCCUACGCCAUCACAUACACCCGUUGGACCAGGCUACAUGAGUAAUGCAGCACAACAUGAGAGACAGGUUAUUGCGAACCAUGUUCAUCAGCUCGUAUAUAACUCCAACCGAACGAAACUCGGUCGAUCUGUUACCAGAGCUAUCGAGCUGCUGAAGGAACUCCAAGAAAUGAACCGCCAGUGGCCGGCGCAUUACCCCUCUAUUCAGAACACUGAUGCACCCCCACAGAACAGACACAUUCUUUCGCGAACACGAUCGUACGAGGAAAGCAGAGAAGAGGGAAGUAAUGCUGAUCCACGGCCCGGCACAAUCAAACGUACCGCCACAUCGAUUAGCCAGACCGCUGAGUCGAGCCGGGACGCCGAUGCCCGGGCACAGGCUGAACCAAGACUCGUAACACCACAAAUUGCCCGGGAAUUUUCUAUCCUCAAGUUGGAUUUGAAACUUGGCGCUUUAUCCCCUGCUGAACUCGUUCACUCUCUGGAAAAGAACUCGAUCGCUUCUCUCCUUGACGGGAAAGUCAGUCAAAGCAUAAAACACCUGUUGGCUUUGCGGGGAAGGAUAGAGGACACGUCCAGCAAAGUCCUCAUCACUGGCGAUCUAAAUGCAGGGAAGUCGACUUUCUGCAAUGCUCUAUUACGUCGAAAGAUCCUUCCUGAAGAUCAACAGCCCUGCACCAGCAUCUUCUGUGAGGUACUUGAUGCCAGGGAGAAUGGAGGAGUGGAGGAGGUGCAUGCCAUUCCAAAGGACAAGCAGUAUAACCGAAAUGAUGAGAGCACUUAUGAUGUGUACUCUCUCACCGAUCUCGAGUCCAUCGUUGUGGAUAACAGCAAGUACAUGCAGUGCAAGGUGUACGUUAAGGAUGUCCGAACAAUUGACGAAUCUUUACUCAAUAAUGGAGUUGUCGAUAUCGCGUUAAUCGAUGCGCCGGGUCUCAAUUCUGAUUCGGUCAAAACUACCGCCGUAUUCGCUCGACAGGAAGAAAUUGAUGUGGUCGUCUUCGUUCUUUCAGCCGCGAAUCAUUUCACUCUCUCAUCAAGCGAGUUCAUCAGGAAUGCUGCCCAUGAAAAGGCCUAUAUUUUUAUUGUCGUCAACGGAUUUGAUAACAUCAGAGAUACCGCUCGAUGCCAGAGAACAAUUCUGAAUCAAGUGGCUGCCCUGAGCCCACACACCUACAAGGAAUCCGCAGAACUUGUGCAUUUCGUUUCUAGCAAUGCUAUCCCCGUUGCGCCUAUCAGUGGAAGCGGAGGAGGAGGUGGUGGUGACGAUGGUGAUGAUGAUGACGACUCAAAGGGCAAGGGCAAAGGAAAGGAAAAAGCAAAGGAAAAACUUCGGGACUUUGAGAAUUUGGAGGGUGCUCUCCGGCGGUUUGUCUUGGAAAAACGGUCUCGGUCCAAGCUUGCUCCAGCCAGAACAUACUUGCUCAACAUCCUCUCCGAUCUCAACGUUCUUGCAUCCGUCAACCGCGAUGUUGCCUCGUCUGAACUUGAACGCGUGUCCACAGAGCUCAGUAAGCUUGAGCCUGCUUUUGAGAAGAGCAAAAUGCAACGGUCAGAGAUUUCCGAGCAGCUGGAACGUUACAUUACAGAAUCAUCCAAUGAUGUAUAUAAUUAUACCCGCAAAUCUCUUGCAGAGAAGAUAUCAACGGUUGCUCAGUCUGAUCUGGGUGUGGAUUAUCCUGGCCUGCUUUCGGUCUUCCGCUAUGCAGAGGAUGUGAAAUUGGCAAUGCUCGAUCAGAUCACCGCUUGUGUUUACAAGUGCGAGGAUUAUUCACGCAAAAAAUGUGUGGAGGGUGUCAAUAUGAUUCAGAGCCUUGGAUUGCUUCAUGUGGGCGAAAAUAAGUUCCCCAGUCUUAACUUCCGCUCUGAAAUCAUGUUUAAACAGCACCGUCACGAACUUGCACGACAGAUACAUACGGAACUUGAUGUUUGGGAUUUCAUUGACCUCCCUGGUUUCUGGGAACGGCAAGAGAAAGUUGCUGGUACCGGUAUGGCUAUGACUGUCCUAGGUGUACUUGGGGGCAGAGCAUUGGGUGGAAUUGGGUGGCUUGAUGGUGUAAUGGGAGCCGCCAGGAUACUUGGUCCAAACACUAUGCGCAAACUCUUGGUCCCUGGCAUUUUGGGUGCAAGUAAGUUCUUUCCCCUUCUAGUUCUGUACUUACAAAUUACUGACAUACCUGUCUCUUUAGCACUAUUGGCUGGUGCAUAUAUUUUGUCCCAGGUUCCAACUGCUCUACCAUCAAGUUUGUCCCGCAAGAUAGCCGUGACACUUGCAGAGAUGGAUUAUAUCCACACCAAUGCCACCCGUAUAUCUGGAGAAGUUGGACGAGUGCUUCGUGUCCCCGCUACCAGAUUGCAGUCAACACUACAAAUAGCCUCCGAGGAACUGUUCAGACGAAAGGAGGAAGUUGAGAAAAUUAAGGCAGAGAGUGAAAUUGCGAAGAAGUACUUCUCCAACCUUUUCCGUGAGAGCACUGAACAUAGGAGAACUGUGGAACAAAUUGAUCUUGACGCACAGGCUCCUCCAGCUGCUGCAUAA